UCGACCAUGGACUCCCGAUGCUUCCUCGCCGUCCUCUUCCUCCUCCUCUCCCUGCAGCCGCAGCUCGGCGCCUCCUACCUGCGCGCCAGGAAGAACUACAUCGUGCACCUCGACCCGACGGCCCGCCCCGCCGAUUCCCUCCAGGACUGGCACCGCUCCUUCCUCCCGCUGGCAACGGCGCCGCUCGAUUCGGACGACGACGCCGGCCCGCGCAUUAUAUACUCCUACACCGACGUCUUCACCGGCUGCAGCCGCUGCUCCAUCAUGGACAUCAUCGCGGGGCUCGACGCCGCCGUCAAGGACGGCAUCGACGUGCUCUCCUUCUCCAUCGGCGCCUCCUCCGGCACGCAGUUCAACUACGACCCCAUCGCCAUCGCCGCCUUCAAGGCCAUGGAGCGCGGCAUCGUCGUCAGCUGCGCCGCCGGCAACGCCGGCCCGGACCCCGGCUCCCUGGUGCUCUGCGAGAGCAGGGGCCUCAACGGCCGCAUCGAGGCCGGCCAGACCGUGGCCGCGUACGGCGGACUCGGCAUCAUCGUCAUGAACAGGGCACCCGAAGGCUACACCACCUUCGCCGACCCGCACGUCCUCCCGGCCUCGCACGUCAGCUACGACGCCGGGACCAAGAUCGCCGCCUACGUCAACUCCACCGCCACCCCGACGGCGAGCAUCGCGUUCAAGGGCACCGUCAUGGGCGCGUCCCCUGCGCCGGCCGUCACCUUCUUCUCGUCCCGGGGUCCCAGCAGGGCCAGCCCGGGCAUCCUCAAGCCGGACAUCACAGGCCCCGGCAUGAACAUCCUCGCGGCGUGGGCGCCCAGCGAGUCGCACACCGAGUUCUCCGACGGCGACGUCGGCCUCUCCUUCUUCGUCGAGUCCGGCACCUCCAUGUCCACGCCGCACCUCAGCGGCAUCGCCGCGCUCCUCAAGGGCCUGCACCCGGACUGGUCCCCCGCGGCGAUCAAGUCGGCCAUCAUGACCACGUCGGACGCCGUCGACCGCACCGGCGUGCCGCUCAAGGACGAGCAGUACCGCCACGCCACCUUCUACGCCAUGGGCGCGGGCUACGUGAACCCCGAGCUCGCCGUCGACCCCGGCCUGGUCUACGACCUCCACGCCGACGACUACCUGCCCUACCUCUGCGGCCUCGGCAUCGGCGACGACGGCGUCACGGAGAUCGCCCACCGCCCCGUCGCCUGCGCCAGCCUCAAGGCCACCACCGAAGCGGACCUCAACUACCCGUCCCUCGUCGUCAACCUGCUGGCCCAGCCAAUCACGGUGAACCGCACGGUCACCAACGUCGGGAAGCCGGGCUCCAUCUACACCGCCGUCGUCGACAUGCCCGGAGACGUGUCGGUGACGGUGCAGCCGCCGAUGCUGCGCUUCACGGAGCUCAACGAGAAGCAGAGCUUCACGGUGACGGUGCGGUGGGCGGGACAGCCCAACCUCGCCGGGGCCGAGGGCAACCUCAAGUGGGUCUCCGAGGAUAACAUCGUGAGGAGCCCCAUUGUCGUUCCAGCCAAGGCCGCGUAG